GAGGAGUCAGGAUGGUGCUGCGUAAAAUCUUCCCGGCCAUGUACACGCUGUCGGAGGAGGCCCCGGCCUGCUCUCGGAAUGGGACUCUGUACUUGAUGCGCUGCAUCUUUGUGAUGGGAGUGCGAAAGCCACCGGCUCGAUUCUUCGUGGCCUACUGCCUGUGGUCUAUCGUCAUGAACCUCAGCUCGACGUUCUACCAGCCCAUCGCCUUUCUGACUGGGUACAUCAGCCAUCUGUCUGAACUCUCCGCGGGGGAGUUACUCACCUCCCUUCAGGUGGCCUUUAACGCCUGGUCCUGCUCCGCCAAGGUCCUGAUCGUCUGGGCGCUCGUCAAGCACUUCGACGAUGCCAACGACAUUUUGGACGAAAUGGACAGGCGCCUCACUCAACCCAGCGAACGCCUCCGAGUACAUCGUGCCGUUUCCAAGAGCAACCGAAUCUUCUUCAUCUUCAUGACCGUCUACAUGUCGUACGCCACCAACACGUGCCUCACUGCCAUCGCGAAUGGGAAACCGCUCUACCAAAACUACUAUCCGUACCUCGACUGGCGCUCCAGCUCGUUGCACCUGGGUCUGCAGACGGGCUUAGAGUACUUUGCCAUGGCCGGUGCAUGCCUGCAGGACGUCUGUGUGGACUGUUAUCCCGUCAACUUUGUCCUCGUGCUCCGUGCCCACAUGUCCAUUUUCGCGGACCGCCUAAGACAGUUGGGCAGCGACCCUGAGGAGAGCCCCGAGCAGCGCUACGAGCAACUAAUUCAGUGCAUCCAGGACCACAAGACCAUACUGCGUUUUGUGGAUUGUUUGCGACCCGUGAUUUCGGGCACCAUUUUUGUGCAGUUCCUGGUUGUGGGCCUGGUCCUUGGCUUCACACUCAUCAACAUUGUGCUGUUCGCCAAUCUGGGAUCGGCCAUUGCCGCCCUGUCCUUCAUGGCCGCUGUUCUGCUGGAGACCACUCCGUUCUGCAUUCUCUGCAACUACCUCACGGACGACUGCUACAACCUGGCGGACGCUCUUUUCGAGUCGAACUGGAUCGAUGGCGAGCAGCGCUACAAGAAGACGCUCAUGUACUUCCUGCAGAAGCUCCAGCAGCCCAUCAAGUUCAUGGCCAUGAACGCUUUUCCCAUUUCCGUGGGCACCAACAUUGUUGUCACCAAGUUUUCGUUCUCAGUCUUUACGCUGGUCAAGCAAAUGAAUAUUGCGGAGAAGCUGGCCAAGGUCGAAGGGGAAGCCGAUUUUAAUUAAUCAGUGAAAUUUAAAAGCGAAUAUUUGUCUAGCAAACGCAGAGCACACAGCAAGCACUGAACGUACUAUUGAAGGAUUUUGAAGUAACUUUAUCCUCUUCAGAGGAAAAAGGUUUUCAGCUUCAAACGAAAGCAGAGAAAAGAGAGACGGAAGCACAGCGCUGUUUUCCGCAAACAGAAAUGAUUGAAAUUGUAGAUACCUUUGGGUGGACAAUGCUCCUUGGGAGGACACUCAUUCCCAAAGGUUCGGGCAGCACUCUCGCCAUGCACUGAACAAAUUUACUAAAACUAAAAAAACCUUUUACGA